UCCCAUCACAUUUCAGGUGUUUGUCAUUUUCCCUUCCAAGUCAACCCCCCUGCCCAUCACAAUGCAGAUCAGAUUCAUCCUCUCACCUCCGUCUGGCUUAGACCCGACAAUCCAGAUAAUUGCUUCUUUCCCCCCCCCUCAUGAUUCCUUGGAGAUCCAUGUCGGGCGUGGGGAUGGCCAGUCCAGGUUUUUCGCUUGGACCUUCGUGAUGUGCAAUGAGAGACUCUGUAUUAUCUAUCCAUUGCCGCGAUAGCCUGGAUAUUCAAUGGUGUUUAUGAUAUAAAUUGGAGGCAUGGCGACAGUGAAAAACAGCAUGUCGAGUCUUCGACGGCAGAAGAAUCGUCCUUCCUCACUCCGAAAGGUGCUCGUCAGGUUGUUGGGAGGUUGAUCAGUACCAAUUUCGCCUUUUUUAUGAUCGGGUUGAAUGAUGCCGGAACUGGUGUCCUCAUCCCAUAUCUCCAACCCGCCUACAAUGUCAACCUUCUCCCCGUCUCUUUCGUCUAUCUCGUCAACUUUGCCGGAUGGCUCACUGCCUCGUUCGCCAACAUCCACGUCUGCUCACGACUAGGAACCGGCGGCACCCUCGUCAUCGGCGCCAUCAUCCAGACCUUCGGAUACGCCCUGAUGUUCUGGAAACCACCUUUCCCCCUCUACAUGGUUGCCUUUUAUUUCACAGGCAUGGGCGUUGCCCUUCAAGAUGCCCAGUCCAACACGUUCGCCAUCACUGUGAAAAACCCCCAUCGCUGGCUGGCGGUCUUGCAUGCCCUGUAUGGCGUGGGCACGAUCCUCGCUCCGUUAAUCGCGAAUACCAUCGCCGGCCGUACGCCAUACUGGCAUUACUACUACCUCGUCACGUUCUGUCUGGGCCUGAUAAAUGUCUCCCUUCUUCUCUUCACUUUCCGCAAGGGCUUGUUUCGACCUAAUUUCUCCAAUGCAAAGGAAACGGCCAAUAGUGAGCUCAAGGCGACCCUUACCAAUAAAACAGUCUGGAUCAUCAACUUUUUCUUCCUCCUCUACGUUGGUGCGGAAGUCACUGCUGGCGGCUGGCUCGUCCAAUUCAUCAUCUCCAUCCGACACGGGGAACCUGGGAAAGUGGGCUACAUUGCCUCGGGCUUCUGGACCGGUUUCACCCUCGGCCGGAUCCUUCUCGCGGACAUCACCCAUAAAUUCGGCGAACGGCGCAUGAUAUUUGUGUAUAUUGCCUUGGCGAUCGCCAUGCAGUUGAUGUUUUGGUUUAUUCCGAACAUCAUUGCUAACGCUGUUACUGUUUGUUUCUUGGGCUUUUUUAUCGGUCCUUUCUAUCCGGUUGGACUGUAUGUUCUCACCAAGGUUAUUCCGAAGGAGCUUCAUAUUGGUGCUUUGGGCUUCACUGCUAGUCUUGGACAAGCAGGUUCGGCGGCGUUCCCCUUCUUGACUGGUGCGGUGGCUUCCAAAGCGGGUGUCCAGGUCUUACAGCCUAUUCUGGUUGCUUUGUUGGCAGGUAUUGCGGUUCUCUGGACUUUGGUUCCUAGGCAGCGGCCUUCUUCGUGAAGAAUUGGGUGAAGAUGGUUGUACAUAUUAUGACAUUAAUAUUUAAUGCUGCGAGUGGUUCUAGCAU